AUUUUUUAUGUUGACGUUAGCUUACAUCAGUUAUUUGACAUUACUACCGAAUUUAUUGACAGUCGCUACAUAAAUCACGAAUUCCGCGAUUUUUUUUACUAGAUACAAUUACUAUCCGAUAAUAAAAUUGUGAUAAUGACGAAGUGGAGUAAACAUGCUACUGAAAAGAAGCCCGAACAGAUUUUGUUCUCUAAGAACAUAUAUCAGCCGCCUCGAGUCAAAGUAGCUCACUGGGACUUCGCCUUGGAUGCCGAGAAAAAGGACAACUACGUGUACCGUGAUCAGCUGAGCAACCAUUUGAGUACUUACAACCGAUGGGGUACGCAGGAUAUUGGGACUGGGAUGACGGAAACGAGACACAUGCUCGCUCAAGUUUUUACUAAAGAAGACCCCAUCUAUCCAUUUAAACCGCUGGUUAAUUUCACGUCAUAUCCUUGCACAGACACUCCAAGCAGGAAUAGACUGAUGAAGAAAGCUAACCUGGCGCAGCUGCCGCCGGAUUUCGGCGUGAUGGACUACAUGACGACAAACCAAGAUGAUUAUAGGAACCCGUUCCCGUGCGUACUCAGACCGUUGACAAUGCCCACGGCUCCAUGGUUGCUGAACCGAGUGAUCCGCUCGGACCUGACGCACAACCACGGCACCGCGCCGCCGCGCGGCAACUACCAGUGUCUCGACACACACACCCCCAUCGGCCAUAUCCGCCAGCUAAGACUCUUCCGGUACCAGUCCUUUGACCCGGCCACUUGCGUCCGAAGCUUCCCAACUCUUACAAAGAGUUUAGAUACAAAUAACAACACAAAUGCUUAAUUCAAACCACU